GAGGUCAGACAUCAGCCUAGCAACACACCUAGGCAGCCAGAGCUCGGGAAACCUGGGAGUUUCCGUGAAGAGAGAGAGAGCCGCCCGCCUGGGAGGACGGGCUCCCUGGAGUCCUGGUUCUCAGGGUUCCCUCGGGUGCUGGUGGAGACCUGUCACAUGGUAGCAAGUUCAAAGCUGGCAAUGUUGGAGUCCCCAGAACCUAAGGGCCUUGUCCCUUUCACGAAAGAGUCGCUUGAACUUAUGAAACAGCGUAUCGCUAAAAAACACAAUGAGGAACAUGAAGAUGACUCAGAGCCAAAUAUCGACUUGGAAGUUGGCAGAGUGCUUUCAUUUGCUUAUGGCAGCCUUUCUCCAGAAUUGAUGUCAGUGCCCUUGGAAGAUGUGGACCCAUACUACAAUAAAAAUACAUUCAUGGUAUUAAAUAAAAACAGAACAAUCUUCAGAUUUAAUGCUACUUCCACCUGUUGUACAUUAUCACCUUUUAAUUCUAUUAGAAGAACGUUGAUUAAGGUUUUGGUACAUCCCUUUUUCCGACUGUUCAUUUUAAUUAGUGUCCUGACUGAUUGCAUAUUCAUGACCAAAAACAAUUUUGUAGAUUGGAUAACAAUAUUGGAGAAUACCUUGCUUGGAAUUUAUACAUUGGAAAUACUUGUUAAACUCAUUGCAAGAGGCAUCUGGGCAGGACCCUUUUCUUUCUUUGGUGAUCCCUGGAACUGGCUUGAUUUCAGUGUCACUUUGUUUGAGUUUAUAAUGAGAUCACUUCCAGGCUCUUCUUCAAUACUUGUUACUGCAAGAACUUUGAGGAUUUUGAAAAUUAUACCUUUAUGUCAAGGUGUGAAGUCCUUCGUGGGGAAGCUGAGUAACGAUUGCUGGAAGAGACUCGGUGGUGCUAUUGCCCUAACUCUGCUUUUUCUGAGCGUAUUUUCGCUGAUGGGGAUGGGGCUCUUCAUGGGCAACCUGAAGCAUAAGUGUCUGCGGUGGCCCCAGGAAAGUGACAAUGGGACUCUGUACAACAGAACUGCAAACCCGUAUUACAGUCGAGAAAUGGAAAACUAUUACUAUUUGGAAGGAGAAAGAGAUGCUUUGCUUUGUGGCAAAAGAACCGAUGCUAGUCAAUGUCCUGAAGGCUAUAUUUGUUUAAAAGCUGGCAGAAACCCUGAUUACGGCUACACAAAUUUUGACAAUUUUGGCUGGGCCUUUUUGGCCUUAUUUCGGUUAAUGACCCAGGACUAUCCUGAAGCCCUUUAUCACCAGAUUCUUUAUGCUUCGGGGAAAAUCUACAUGGUAUUUUUUGUUGUGGUAAGUUUUUGGUUUGCUUUUUAUAUGGCAAGUCUGUUCUUGGGCAUCCUUGCUGUGGCCCAUGGCGAAGAAAAGCAGGAAAGGGCUGAAAGAGCGAAGAAGAUGCAGCCAAACGAUCAGCAGAAUUUAAAAGAACUUCAAGAAGGAAAAGCUGCUGCCCAGAACAAAACCACACAAAUAGAAAUGAAGAAAAGAUCUUCAACCUCUGUAAGCACCACCGUGGAUAUGUUGGAUGAUGCUACACUCAGACAUAAAGAAGGUGUCAAAGAAGCCGGGAAAACAUGUCCAUUGUGUUGGUACAAAUUUGCUAAAACAUUCUUGAUUUGGAAUUGUUCUCCUUGUUGGCUAAAAUUGAAAGACUUUGUCCAUAAAAUUAUAAUGGACCCAUUUACUGAUCUUGCCCUUGUCAUAUGCAUCAUCUUGAACAUACUAUUUCUGGCAUUGGAACAUUAUCCAAUGAAUGAAGAAACUAACCAUCUGCUCGGCAUUGGAAACUUGGUCUUUAUUGGGAUUUUCACAGCGGAGAUGAUUUUUAAAAUAGUGGCCAUGAAUCCAUAUGGGUACUUCCACGCAGGUUGGAACAUAUUUGACAGCAUUGUUGUGUUCCUUGGGUUAGCUGAAAUUUUUCUGAUGGCUACGGAAGGACUGGCUAUUGUUCGAUUAUUCAGAAUGCUGCGAAUUUUCAAGUUGGGGAAAUAUUGGCCAACGUUUACGAAGCUAAUGUGGACACUCAAUCAUUCACUGGUGGCCCUGAAAAACGUGAUCAUACUACUGUUCAUGUUCAUUUUCUUCUCUGCUGUUCUCGGGCUGAAAGUCUUUAGUGGAAGUUAUGAACACUGUGUUUGCAAGGUAGACGAAGACUGUCAACUCCCACGCUGGCACAUGCAUGACUUCUUCCAUUCUUUCCUGGUCGUGUUCCGGAUUCUCUGUGGAGAGUGGAUAGAGACUUUAUGGGAAUGCUUGGAGGUGGCAAGCCAAAUCACCUGUAUUCCUUUUUACAUAAUGGUGAUUUUAAUUGGAAACCUAUUGAUCUUAUACUUGUUUGUGGCUUUGGUGAGCUCCUUCAGCGCCUACCAGUCUGCAGCAAUUGAAGAGAGCAAUGAGGCUAAAAAUGUCCGACUCGCCAUGGCCAGGAUCAAAGAAGGAAUCAACUAUGUGAUUUUAAGAUUAUCCUGCAAAAAAGCAAAUGUUCUAAAGGAGACGGUGGACAACGUUCACGAUCUGUAUGUGCAAGAGACGAUCUCUGACAAUACCCUGUCUGCCUUGAGCAACACCCAAGAGUUCCCCAGGGACAAGGAGAAAAGCAGCGGCUCCGAGCAAAACACGCUGACGGAAAAGGAGAGCCAGUCUCUGAUCCCCAGCCCGACGCUCUCUGAGACCGUGCCCAUCGCCUCCGGGGAGUCUGAUCUCGAGAACCUGGACAACAAGGACCUCCGGAGCAGGUCAGCGGACGGAAGCAGCAAAGAGAAAAUAAAGCCAUCUAGCUCCUCAGAAUGCAGUACAGUUGAUAUUGCUAUUUCUGAAGAAGAAAUGGUCUAUGAACGUGAAAAGCCAAAGCAUCCCCCAAAUGGUAAUGGACGAAGAUCUUCACCUGGUCAAAUCAGUCGCGAGAACAAGAAAAGAAAAAUGUGGCAGAACAUAAGGAAAACUUGCUGCAAAAUAGUAGAAAACAGUUGGUUCAAGUGUUUUAUUGGCCUCGUCACUCUGCUCAGCACAGGUGCUCUGGCUUUUGAAGAUAUAUAUAUCAAUCAGAGAAAGACUAUUAAGAUCUUACUGGAAUAUGCUGACAUGAUCUUCACUUACAUCUUCAUUCUGGAAAUGCUUCUAAAGUGGAUGGCAUAUGGUUUUAAAGCCUAUUUCACUAAUGCAUGGCACAGACUGGACUUCAUGGUUGUUAUUGUCUUUUGCCUUAGCUUAAUAGGGAAGUCUCGGGAAGAUCUAAGACCACUUACAUCUACUAAAUUUCUUCGUGCCCUCAGAGUUCUAUCUCAAUUUGAAAGAAUGAAGGUCGUGGUGAGAGCUUUGAUAAAAACAACAUUACCCACUGUGAGCGUGUUUCUGGUCUGCCUUUUGAUCUGGCUGGUUUUCAGCAUCAUGGGGGUACAGUUGUUUGCUGGCAAGUUUUACGAGUGCAUUGACCCAACAAGCGGAGAAAGGUUUCCUGUGUCUGAAGUUCAAAAUAAGAGUCAGUGUGAAAGUCUUUUGUUUAAUGAAUCCAUGCCAUGGGAGAAUGCAGAAAUGAACUUUGAUAAUGUUGGGAAUGGCUUCCUUUCACUUCUUCAAGUGGCAACAUUUAAUGGAUGGAUCAGUAUUAUGAAUUCUGCAGUGGAUUCUAUUGCUAUAAGUCUGCAGCCUAAUUUUGAAGACAACAUCUAUAUGUACUGUUAUUUUAUCAGCUUUAUUAUUUAUGGAUUAUUUCUUCCCCUGAGUAUGCUGAUUGGUGCGAUAGUUGCUAAUUUCAACAAACUUAAAUUAAAGAACAAGUUACAAGGAUUCAUCUUUGGCAUGGUGACAAGUCAAAUUUUUAAUAUCAUCAUCCUGGUUCUUAUCUUUGCCUAUGCACUAACCCUUAUGAUAGAAAGCGAUAAUGGGAGCCAGCAAAUGAAAAUUGCUUCCUUCUGGAUUACCAUCAUUUUUGCUUUGCUCUAUACUGGAGAAUUUUUACUGAAGCUCAUCUCUUUCCGUUGCUACUAUUUCACCAUUGGAUGGAACAUUUUUGAUUUCAUGGUGGUCAUUUUUUCCCUUACAGGCAUAGUUCUCCAUGUGAUGACAGACUACCUUAUUUCUCCCGCUCUCACCCAACUGAUUCUUCUCUCAAGGACCGUCCACGUCCUGCGUCUUGGGAAAGGACCAAAAGUGUUCCACGAUCUUCUUCUUCCUUUGAUGUUCUCCCUCCCAGCCCUGCUGAACCUCGGUCUUCUCAUAUUCCUGGUCAUGUUUGUUUAUGCCAUUUUUGGGAUGUACAACUUUGCCUAUCUUAAAAAGGAACUUGGAAUCAAUGAUGUAUCCAACUUUGAAACUUUUGGCAGCAGUAUGCUUUGCAUUUUUCAGGUUACCAUAUUUGCUGGAUGGGAUGGGAUGCUCAGUACAAUUUUCCACAGUAAAUGGUCUGACUGCGAUCCUGAUAAAAUUAACCCUGGGACUCAGAUUCGAGGAGAUUGUGGUAACCCCUACGUUGGGAUUGCUUACUUUGUCAGUUAUAUCUUCAUAUCGUGGCUGAUCAUUGUAAAUAUGUACAUUGUUGUUGUCAUGGAGUUUUUCAAGAUUGUUUCUAAAAAAAAAGCCAAAACAUUGAGUGAAGAUGAUUUUAGGAAGUUUUUCCAGGUCUGGGAGAGGUUUGAUCCCGACAAGACCCAGUACAUAGACUCUAGCAAGCUUUCAGACUUUGCAGCCGCUCUGCCUCAACCCCUUCUCAUGGCAAAGCCAAACAAGGGCCAGCUCAUUGCUAUGGAUCUCCCCAUGGCAGUUGGGGACCGAAUCCAUUGCCUUGACAUCUUACUUGCUUUGACAAGGAGAGUGUUGGGUACAGAGGAGAGGAUGGAGAAAGUCCUUUCAGAGAUAGAAACGGGGUUCGUGUUAGCCAAUCCUUUCAAGGUCACAUAUGAGCCAAUCACAACGACUCUGAAGCGAAAACAGGAAAGCGCCUCAGCCACUAUCAUUCAACGAGCUUAUAAAAGUUAUCGUUGGAGGCAAAAUGUCAACAAGACCCCAGACAUUCAUAUGAUAGAUGAUGAUGGAGAUGUCAAGGCUGCUAAAGAGGAAAAACAUGUGGGUAAAGCUGAGGGGAAAUCAACCAUUUAAAGCUACCCCUUCACCUUCCUCAUAUACCACAAUAUGUUAAAAGUUUAAAUCAGAAAUCAAAAGGUGAAGAUCAGUGAAAUAAAAGGAAAGAUGAAUUGUUUCCCACCCAUGAACAUUAAGCAUGUAUUCACAAGGCUCAAGGCCAAAUUCACAUCCUGCUCAUAUAGAUCCAAUCUAAUCAAUCUAUCAGGAAAGACAACUCCCGUAACAAUGCGACAGCGUGGUCCUGUGCUUCACGCUGCAUUGGACGACGGGAUGCUCAUCUUCUCUAUACUAGAAUGGCACUUACGGAAAGGUCUUGCUACAGAUUAGCACCACAGGGGUCUUUCUUGUAUCUCUUAUAUCUAAUGCGAUGGGCCUCAAGUCACCACUCGUAGCGCUUAGGUAUAAACAAGUUCUUUCUGAAUGUCCAGUGGUGUCUCAAACAGAGUGAGAUGGUAUGAGUCCUUAAAUCAUAAACUUGCCAAGAAAAAUAUAAAUUUUGCGAGGGAUUCCUUAGAAGUUGCCUCUCGGUUCAAUUGCAGAGGGUCUUGUUUGCUUGCUUGUUGUUGAUUUUGUUAUUUUGUUUGGCUCAUAAGAAGUAAUACUGUUUCAUUCUUCACUGUCUCCUUAGUUCUCAUCUCUCUGGGUAAUCCUCCCUAAACUCCAACUCUAAAACAGAAUCGACUAUAGAAUGGAGAGUUUAAAGUGGACUGGAGUUGUGGCCUCCUUUGUUUUCUUCUAUUUCAUACUUUUCUAAAGUAUACAUUCACUAAAAUGUUGUGAUAGAGAGUAUGUUAGUAGACAUAAGCUUUACCUUACUGUCAAACCAAGUGUCUUAGCAUUUAUUCAGAAUGUUACAUCAGCCAUAUAAGAUCUGCCAGAUGCAUUCACAGUAUGAAUGAGCCGAGUUGAGGGCUACGGUUGGUCCUUAAUUGGGAAACUGUAGUCGCUUUAAAGUACUUGCCGCUGAGCUUGAGGAUUCCUACAGUUCAGAGGAACGAGGAUCCUCAAACGCCGAGGGCUGCAAACUGGGAGAUGAAAAGGGAUGCUGGUCAUUAUUUCUAUUGUUUUACAACAUUAGCAUAUGCAAGUUAGCUUUUACAUCAUCUCUUACCAUUUGGUUAUUUUUAUUGCUUUUAUCGCAUCAUAUAAUAAUGACAAAUAAUGACUGCAGAAAACGUUUCCUAUUUGAACAACUUGAAAAGCCUAAACUUUGGUUGUCACUGUGGAAAUGUUUUUAAAAGAUAGGUAUAAAUAGUUGGUUUCUUGAUUCCUUAUAAAAAUAGAAACAAUCACACCCAUACAGGUAGAUAUUCUGGUGUUAGAGAUUCCCCUUUGUAGGAAGAUUGGUUUCAACAUGCCUAUGAUAGACAAAGGGAUUAAUUAAGAAAAUAUAUAUGUCAUUGGCUUUAAGUAUGUUGUAUUACAUUUAAUGCCGUUUCAGUAUCAGUAACUGUAUUUCAUUACGAAUGCAUGAUCUUGAGCCUUAAUUAUUGUAACUCGUCUGCUCCUCAGAAAUGUAAUCACGUGACCACGAUGCCUUUGGGGAGUUCCUUAAGCAAAUAUAAUUCCAGGGUCCUGCUGCUUUCUAUGAGUGCGGCUUCCUUUUCUCCCCCUGUCCUCCAUCCAGGUGAUGGGAGCCACGGAGAAAUCCGUGUUAACUAGGUAACCCGGUGACGGCUGGUGCUUUACCUAAGUUUCUCUGUUCCCUGUUUCUUGAGAAUGUCUUAAUGUGGGAACUGCUUCAGAUACUUAAACUGGAUCACAACUCGCUUCUAUAAUUUCAUAAAGACCACCAACUGAUUUUGUUUGAAAAUUUUAGCUUUACCUGUAAACUGUUUGCCACUCAACUUCUAAAAACCAUGUAAAGACUUAUUUUUAACAAAGUAUUUCAAUAUAUUUUACUUUUCGAUACAAUAGAAAUGAAUAAACAACACAUGCUAACCAUG